UCUUCCUUGCUGAUUAAUCUUACUGGAGUGUGUUGUAUUAGUUUGGAGGCUUAUGGGAUUGAGGUGUUGGUUUGGCUUAUUUGCAUGUGCCUUUGCAGUGCACCCACUCUCUGCCCUGUUGAUUUGCUCUUUAGGCUCAUGCUUUUGUUCAGAAUGCUAAUUGAAUGGCUGCUUUAUUGGAUUCUUUUCUCCCCAGGUUGCCACAUAUUACUGUGUUCUCUGUGGCUCUUCACAGCUUUCAUAUCACAGAGAAUAUAGUUCAUUUUUAACAAUUUUUUGAAGGGAGCUACAAUGUGGAGUAACCCUGAUAACUGUUGUUGGACUCGAUGAUCUUAAAGGUCUUUUCCAACCUAAAUGAGUCUAUGAUUCUAUGAUCUCUAGUGUAAAGAUGACUGACCUGUCUAGGUUUUGAACUGUGUCAGUUUGCCCAUUACCAACUUUGAGAUCUAAGCUUUUGCCAUCUGUCAGUGUGCUACAUUGCAAGUCUGCUUGCUGCAGAAAAUAACUCAGAGGAGUAGAGCUCUGCAAGAGAUUUUUAUAUGAAGAAGUUGGCUAUGAGGGUUCUGCUUCCUCUUUUCUGUGUAUGCAAAAGAGGAGAUGCAGUUAACAAGUUUCUAGAACGUAUACGUAACCAUCAGAAGCAGACGUGAGAUUGGAAAUGCAGAAUCGUUUAAACAAUCUUGCCUUGGUGAAUAUUCGGUACCACAGAUAGGUUUAUUUCCUCCUAAACUGUACAGUUAUGUAAUUUUACGGAAGUAAAUGUAUUUUCAGUCCAGACUGUUAAAAGUUUCCUUUCAUUGUGCUCUUAAUACUUGCAUUGUAAGGAAAUUGUAUGAAUUCUCAAAGUUAUACAGCCUAUAUAAGAAAACCCUGCUUUUCCUGCUUCCUGAGGCAGUAAUUAUUAAGGAAUUAGCAUCUUAUGUGAGACUCAUGUGAAGAUGACAUAUGUUUGAAAUUUCAUUUUGAGAAUUUUAACCAAGUGUUCUGAAGACUUGCUGGUUCUUUGCUCGGAGAUGAAUUCCCUGCACAAAAGGGCUGGACUCGUCGCUGAGACACACUGAACAGAAAACAAAGAUAUGCUUCUGUGUUUUUGUAAAAGAGCAAGAUAAGCCUGGAAAGCAUGAUGAGACCCCUUACAAAUAUUUAUGUCUCUCUUCAUGUCUUUACAUUCAUGCUAUGGAAUAAUAUCCAGCCAACAGUGGAAAAUGAAUUUAUUGCAAAUUAUACGAGCAGUUUGCUAACUAAUGUUCCACAAGAUAUUCCAAGCCAUACUCGUGUGUUGGAUUUAUCACAUAAUAAGAUCUCUGGACUUAGUAUCUCAGAAUUUCUUCCCCUUUCUGACCUUCAAGUAUUAAAUCUUUCUCAUAAUCUAAUUACAGAGCUUGACUUUACUGUCUUUAUUUUUAAUGGGGAUUUAGCAUACUUGGAUCUGUCUCAUAACAACAUUUUGAAAAUUUACUGUCAGACUCUUGAACAUCUUAGACAUUUAGAUCUUUCUUUCAAUAAGUUUACUGCCGUGCCUGUCUGUAAGGAAUUUGGCUACAUGUUUCAUUUGGAGUACCUAGGAUUAAGUACCACCAUGAUACGAAGGUCAGAUUUCAGGUAUAUCACACAUCUACAGCUGCACAGCGUCUUCCUGACCUUGGAGGACUUUUCUCUGUAUGAGCCCCAGAGUCUGACAGACUUGAAUACAAGGAGCCUCCACAUUGUUUUUGCAGCAAACCAAAACUUCAGUUUUUCUCUCUUGUAUGAUGGAAUGUGCACUUCAGAAAACUUAGAAGUAGUUAACUUAAGAUAUUCCUUGAGCUACAAAGAUUUCCCCUCUCCUUCUUUAACGCUUCUGAAGAAAAUCAGGACAAGAGCUCUCCUGCUUGACACUGUGGACUUACAAUGGACUAUCAUUUUGCAAAUUUUCCUGCUUAUUUGGUAUUCACCUAUGGAGAAUUUGACUGUGAGAAAUUUGACUUUUCGAGGACCACUGGGGGAACUGGCCAGAAAUGAUUUUCUACCGGUAUUAAGCUCUCUGGAAAAACUAAUCUCUUCGAGUGGCUCCAUGAAAGUGCUCAGUUUAGAGCACGUUCGUAAUAAGCUUUACUAUUUCAACCAGGAGAUCCUAUACAGACAGUUUUCAGAGAUGGAUAUUGCCAGUUUGACAAUAUAUGAUGCAUAUAUGCCGCACAUGCUUUGCCCCAAUAGAACAAGCUCGUUUCAGUAUUUAAAUUUUUCUCACAAUGCCCUGACGGACGAAUUGUUCCAGAAUUGCAGAACUCUGAGAGAUCUGAAAUUACUUAUUUUGCAGAGGAAUAAGUUUGAGAGCCUUCCCAAGGUAAGCUUCAUGACCAGCCAUAUGAAAUCACUGAGCUAUCUGGACAUGAGCAGCAACUUGCUGCGUCACGACGGAGCUGAUGUGCGGUGCCGCUGGGCCGAGUCUCUGAGGGAGCUGGACCUGUCCUCCAACCAGCUGACGGAUGCCGUGUUUGAGUGCCUGCCGGUCAACAUCCAGAAACUGUCCCUGCAAAACAAUCAGCUCACGAGUGUCCCCAGCGCGGUGGCUGAGCUGCAGUCCCUGACAGAGCUGAACCUGGCGUCGAACAGGCUGGCCGACCUGCCGGGGUGCGGCGGCUUUCCGUCCCUGGAGCUCCUGAACGUAGAGAUGAACUCGAUCCUCACCCCGUCUGCCGACUUCUUCCAGAGCUGCCCGCGGGUGAGGGAGCUGCGGGGCGGGCACAACCCGUUCAAGUGCUCCUGUGAGCUGCAGGCCUUCGUGCGCUUGGAGAGGCAGUCUGGGGGGAAGCUGUGGGGCUGGCCGGCGGCCUACACCUGCGAGUACCCAGAGGAGCUGCGAGGGACGCGGCUGCGGGACUUCCACCUGAGCGAGCUGGCUUGCAACACGCUGCUCUUGCUGGUGACGGCCCUGCUGCUGACGCUGGUGCUGGUGGCCGCCGUGGCCUUCCUGUGCAUCUACCUGGACGUGCCGUGGUACGCGCGGAUGACGUGGCAGUGGACGCAGACGAAGCGGAGAGCUCGGCAGAGCCGCCCCGAGGAGCGGGAGAGCGUCCUGCAGUUUCACGCCUUCGUCUCCUACAGCGAGCGCGAUUCGGCGUGGGUGAAGAACGAGCUGAUCCCGAACCUGGAGAAGGGGGAGGGCUGUGUCCAACUGUGCCAGCACGAGCGCAACUUCAUUCCUGGCAAGAGCAUUGUGGAGAACAUCAUUGACUGCAUUGAGAAGAGCUACAAGUCGAUCUUUGUGCUGUCUCCCAACUUUGUGCAGAGCGAGUGGUGUCACUAUGAGCUGUACUUUGCUCACCACAAACUCUUCAGCGAGAAUUCCGACAGCUUAAUCCUCAUCUUGCUGGAGCCGAUCCCUCAGUACCUCAUCCCUGCCAGGUAUCACAAGCUGAAGGCUCUCAUGGCAAAGCGGACCUACCUGGAGUGGCCGAAGGAGAGGAGCAAGCGUGCCCUUUUCUGGGCUAACCUCAGGGCAGCUGUUAGCAUUAACCUGCCAACAUCCUCUGAAGAAAAUGAGGUGCAGAGUGACGUUACUUCUACUAGCAGUAUAAGUCAGUAUAUGAAUAACUGACUUGACUGUCUUGCAUUAAAUUGUGUUUAUCAAUUUUUGUUGAUAUUUUCAGCAUUCCUAGUUUGUAGCAAAAUGUAAUUAUGAUCCAUUCAGAAAUUGCAAUUGCUUGCCCUAGUCAUUAAAGCAGUCAGAAGUCUUCUGUAGUUGCCCAUCAUCAACAGAGGGAGGGAGAAAGAAAUUUUCAUAUUGAUUGAACUUAUUGUUGCAGACUUGUGUUGCCUUUAUUUUGGACUUGUCCCACUGAAAGCUGUAUUUGAAAGUAACAAAAAUAGUGGUCGGUUCAGUGUCAUCAGGACUGUCAAGGCAGGAAUGUAAAGGAUAUUUUGGUGUUAAGGUGGUAGGGACCUGCUUCCUUGGAUUUAAUUAAAUAAUACAAAGAAAAAGAAAACUCUUGUUUAAAUGCCUUCCUGUACAUUGGUAUAUUGACUGUCAAGGGUACAGUAUCCCUACAUCUUCAGCCUGUUUUGCUUUCCUGGAAGUCUUUCUCUUCAUCACAGACAGAGGCAUUCCUGGGUAAGAACUGAAAGUUGGAGCCAUUAAUCACUGUUUAUUAUUCUUCUUCCUUUGCUGUAUUAAACAUUUUCACUUGCCUAGGUUUACCCACUGUCAUGGUUUCAUAGAAUUCACUAUUUGUUGCCCUUAAAAUAAUAGCUUAAUGUCUCAAUUUAUGACAUUUUUAUACUAUUAUCAUACUUCUUUUUUCUGCUGUGAUCAUACCAAGCUAUUUUAACUUGCUUGUCUUUCCUAUUUUCUAAAAUAUAAAAGCAUGAUGUUUGGAGGUGAAUCCUCUUUUAUUUCCAGAUCAAGGUUCAAUUUCAUGGAACCUUGCCCUUUUAAUCAGCAGGUGCUGGAGCCAUCAUACAGAUGAAAAAAGAGUCAUUUUCAUUGCAAAAUAACUUCUCUGCUUAAGUCAAACUAAUUCAACUAAUGGUAUUUGUUGAUAGGAAACAUCCAGUAA